UAUUAGUAUGCAGGGCCCGUGGCUCGCCGCGCCGGGCUGCAGGUUUGAGAGCCGCUCUGGAUGGGCUCGCUAGAGUCGUUGUUGUGGAAGCCGUGCAUUCACAGUGCAACAGUCAGCACAUUGAAAAUACCAAUAGGAAUACAAACCAAAGUCACAUUUACUGAUUUAAUUGUAUUGCAUUCAAUUGUAUCCAGGAAACAGCCUCCAACCAUGGACCUGCACGGCGGUCGCCGGCUCGGAGCGCGGCCGCCCGCGGAGAAGCCCAGUCCGCCGGUGUGCUGACCGGCUCGGCUGUCUGUGCCUCCGGUGACCCCGGACACCGCCUCCUGCGCGCCGCCCGCGCGCCGCCUGCACUCCCAGCCGUUCCCAGGCCCCGGCCACGCUGCUUGCUGGAGGCGGCGGCGGGCCGGGGCCGGGGCCCGGCAUGGAUGGCCGAGACUUUGCGCCGCCGCCGCCUCAUUUGCUAUCGGAGCGCGGGAGCCUGGGCCACCGCAGCGCCGCCGCCGCCGCGCGCCUCGCCCCCGCCGGCCCCGCCGCGCAACCGGCCGCGCAUUUCCAGCCCGGAAAGUACUUCCCGUCGCCGCUGCCGAUGGCUUCGCACACAGCCAGCAGCCGUCUGAUGGGAAACCCCCCAGCCUCCUCUUUCAUGGGCAGCUUCCUCACCAGCAGCCUGGGCUCAGCUGCGUCUGCACACCCCAACGGCCCCACAUCCUCUCCUUCUGAGCCGGCCUACCGAGGAUCCCACCCUGCCACCUCUCAGAUCUGGUUCUCCCACUCCCACGAAGCUCCUGCGUACCCCAGAUUUUCGGGGAGUCUGGCAUCUACCUUCCUACCCGUGAGCCACUUGGAUCACCAUGGAAACAGCAAUGUUCUCUAUGGGCAACAUCGUUUCUAUGGAACCCAAAAAGAUAACUUCUACCUGCGCAACCUGCCCCCACAGCCUGCAAUCCUACCUGCCAACCACAACUUCCACGGAGUGCCCCGAGCCACCCCCACCCACCCCAUCGGCUCCUGCAGCCGGGACCGUAUUGAGGCUGCCUCACUGCAGAAGGGUCCUAAGGAGUUUGACCGCUUCCUCAUGGGGAAAGAGCUGGGCAAAGAGAAAGCUAGUAAGGUAGCAGAGGGCAGGGAGCGGCCAGUGGUGGAGGAAGAAAGCAGUAAAGAUCGACAGAAGCUGGUGCCACCCAUGCCUGCUGAGGGGCCCUGCAAGGAGACGGGACCCGCACCCCGGGGGUCCUGUGAGGGCCGCCCCAAACACCUCACUUCCUGCCUACUCAACACCAAGGUACUCAAUGGAGACAUGGGCAAGGCCUCGAUGGCCAGUUGUGCAGGGGGUAUGCUGGGAAGGCCCGGAACAGGCGUGGCAGCACCUGGACGCUGUGCCAAGGAGGUGUCAGGCCCCGUGGAGCCUGGGCCAGCCUUCAGCGAGUGCCUGGAGCGGCGGCAGAUGCUACAUCACGCUGUGUCCUACACAGUGCCCUCCGGCCUGCCUACCGGGCCACCCCCGCCCCUCAGCACGGGCCCAGCAGGCUCUUUCCCCUGUCUGCAGCUCCAUGCAGGUCCAGAUGGGCUCUGCCCCCUGCAGGACAAAGUCUCCCGGGACCUAAAGGCCAGCGGGCCCACCUUUGUGCCUUCUGUGGGACACCUGGCUGACAAGAGCCACUCUUUCCAAGUAACAGAGGCCUGUGCCGUGGCAGGUGAUGGCAAGGACCGGCACCUAGACGCGGCCAUGGCCCCUGACCAUGCACCCUAUGGAGUCUCCUAUGCCCACCUAAAGGCCGAGAGCAAGGGUGAACGGCGACCUGGGGGCUUUGAGGCGGCCCUCCACCCCCGGCUGAAAGGCCUGGAGUAUCUCAGUUCAGGCCCUGAGGCCCCCUUCCCUGGCCUUCCCAAAGGCAAUCUGGACAAAGGUGGCUACUUUGAGUUACCCACGUCACAGGACUGUGCCCGGUCCAAUCACCAAGACCCACUGGGUGGAAAGACCACCCAGGCUUGCUGCACUUUAGACAAAGUGGCCAACAAAGAGGCCCCUGCUGGCCCUCCGGGGGGCCAGAAGGUAGCCAGGAUCCGUCAUCAGCAGCACUUGGUGGCUCCUGAAGUAGAAUCAGGAGGCAGCGGGGCUGAGUCUAAGCGCAAGUCCGUGGAGCUGGCUUCUCUGGGUUACAGCGGGCACCAUAUGCCUCCGUGGGGCGUUCAGACAGGCCACGACACCUCCAUGGCCAUCAUCGAGGAACGAAAGGGCAGUGCCUACCUUGACCCUUUUGGGAGUGGCCUCCAGCAGGCAGCCCUCCUGUCCCAGGAGCUGCCCACCCCACAAGAUGAGGUCUCGGCCAUGAAGAAUCUGCUCAAGUACAGCAACCAAGCCCUGGUUGUGGGCCAGAAGGCUCCCUUUGUGGGCCUGGGUGGCCUCAAAGCCAGCUGUGUCCAGCAGGAAGCCAAGUUUCCAGCCACUAAGGGCCCAGGCCCUGUGGAAAGACCCGACUGCGCUCGAAGCAGGGAGCACGAGGCCCCCACACACGGAGACGGGGAGGUGCGGCAGCCACCUGUGGGCAUCGCAGUGGCCUUGGCCCGGCAGAAGGACACAGUCAGCCGGCCGGAUGCAGCCUACAAUACCAACAGUGGGCGGCAGGGCAGGGCCGCCCCCACCUUCAAAGCUGCUGGAGGACCGCGUGCCACCCACACGCUGGACCUGGAGAGUGAAGAGGAAAGGUCACGGGCGUGCGAGGACCGCCUGGGGCUGCCUGGCCGUGAGCUGCUGUUACAAGACAACAAAGACCUCGUGGAAUUUGCCCGGAUCCACCCUUCAAGCAGCUGCCCUGGAGACCUGCCCCCCCACCUCAUGAUGCAAGGCGGCCAGCUGGGCGGGGACCCAGCCCCCCACCCCCAUCCCGCCCACCCCCACUGGCUGCCCCGCACCCGAAGUCCCUCCUUGUGGAUGGGGGGGCAUUCCUAUGGCCUCGGACACCCUGCCCUGCACCAGAACCUACCCCCCGGCUUCCCAGCUUCUGUGCCCGGCUCUAUGCCCUCAGUGUUCCCCCUCCCCCAAGACGCAGCCACACAGCUGGUCAUCUUGCCCUCCGAACCCACACCCCACACCACCCCUCACACACUCGCUGAAGUUAUGGACCAGGCCUCACUGUGGCCUCCCAUGUAUGGGGCCCGGGGCCCUGCCUCACACAUGCAGCACCCUGGCCAGCUCCCCGUGUACUCUCGGUCCCAGCUGCUUCGGCAGCAAGAACUGUAUGCACUGCAGCACCAACAGCAGCAACAGCAGCAGCAGCAACAACAGCAACAACAACAGCAGCAGCAGCAGCAGCAACAGCAGCAGCAGCAACAGCAGCAGCAGCAACAGCAGCAGCAACAUCGGGCCACACAGGCCCUGGAGCUACAGCGAGCUGCCCAGUUCCAGCGCAAGCCUGAGGAUCGACACAUGGAACUGGAGGAAGCUGCCCGGGAGAAGGCCCCAAAGUCCACCCACAAGCCAGUUGCCUUAACCCCCAUGGCCAAGGGCACCCCCUCAUCCACCACCGCAGGCCUAGUCAAGCUGUCACCCUGCUGCCAGUCACCCACUCUAAAGACCCCUGCUAGUUGCCCCACACCACCACCUCGGCCCAGCGCCCCCUGCACUUUACCCAUCUGCCCCACUGGCAGCCCAGGGCCUGGCUCCAAGUUGCCUAGUACCAAGGACAAGAGUGAGGAGGGCCAGCGGGCUGGAACCGACCUUACCGCGCUGGAACCAGACCUGCCUCCAAGAUUGAACCCCUCAACUGGCGUGGACUUCUCCCUCCCUUCAGACGUGCACUCUUCUGACCUCCCAGACCCCAAAACUAUGCAAACCACUACCCCAGGGACUCGGCCUGAGCCCACAAGGACGUUCCUACCUGGGGAGCCACCCCCCUGUAGCCCCAGGAACUUAGAAGAACCUGGACUACUCUCAAGGACCAGGGAUGCCACCCAGGACCUUGCCAUCCUACCCCCUCCUGUUGAGGGAGGACUCCCACCAGGGAAGGCAGAAGACCCCAGCCCACUCGAGGGGUUACAAGCACUGAAAUUUGGAGACCUCCUUGAGGGAGGGGGAACUGAGGCUACUGGCCAGACUAAUUCUACUCAGGGAGGGACGCAAAAUGAGAGGACUGUGGAUCAGGGGGUACCACAGCCCUCUUUGGGGGCUACCCCUCAAGCACUGGAACAGGUAGCAGGGAGCCCAGUUGCCCUGGACAAGGAUGAAGGUCCACAGAAGGCCCCUGAUGUGGCCCAGCUACAGGAGGAGGAGACCCAGCUGGAGGAGAAUGGGGGGGACUCGGAGGUGGACUGGGGGACUCCCAACCAUAGCCACCCACCCAAAGCACUGCCAGGCUUGGAUGCCUUGGUGGCCGCCACUGUGGACCUAGGGGACCUGCCUGACAUUAGCCUGCCGGAUGCUCAGACCCCAGCAGCCUCUGUGCCCCUUGGCACGGCCCCUCAGCCCCAUACCUCAGGGAUUCAUGGGAUUGCCCUGCUCAGUGAGCUGGCUGACCUGGAGAUCCAGCAGCAGAAGAGUGAGCUGGCCCUGCAAGCAGAGGAUGAGGAUGUGCUGGCCUUCAACCUGCAGCACCUGGCCACACUGGCCACAGCCUGGUCCCUAGUGGAGGCUGCUAGCCUGGACAACUCAGUCGCUUCACUGCAGGCCCCGGCUGCUGACCCAGACAGAGGCCCCAGGCUCACCCCUAGGAUGCAGAUCCUACAGCGCAAGGACACCUGGGCCCCUAAAACCAAGCCUGUAUGUCCCCUGAAGGCUGCCAUCGAUCGGCUGGACACACAGGAAGUGGAGAUGCGUAUGCAGCUGGCAGAACUGCAGAGGCGCUACAAGGAGAAGCAGCGGGAGCUGGCUCGCCUGCAGCGCAGGCACGACCAUGAGAGGGAGGAGAGCUCUCGGAGCCCUGCGAGACGUGGACCUGGCCGGCCAAGAAAGCGCAAACACUCAAGCUCGCUGCCCGCUCUGCGUCCCGGGGGCCAGCUUGCCAGAAGUGAUAGCAAGAAAGCCAAGGCUGUUCGUGCCAGCCUAAGUCUGCUGUGUGCCGAGCUACGAGGGGAUGAGCCCCCACGGAAGCGAAGCAAACUGGAAAAGAGUCCUUACACUGGCCUACAGACAGCUUCCUCGGAGAAGGUGCGGUGCAAGAAGAGCUGUGGCCCAGCCGAGUUGUCAUCCUCAAUGGCCCACAAGGUGGCCCAGUUGAAGCCAAAGGUCAAGAGCAAGGGGCUGCCAGCCAGCCUCAGUGCCUUCCAGCGCAAAGAGGCCGCCCCAGGUGGGCGCAUCCGGAAGAAGCUCUCUAGAGCCAAGAGUGUCAAGGUGUCAGGGGCGGCACGGCAUCCACACCCCAAUGGGGACAGUGGCAGGGAGAUGCCCAAAUUCCAAACCCAACCAGCAGUGGCUGUGGCCCACGAGGCAGGCAACGGCUAUGACAGUGAGGACUGCCAGGCACUCCUGGAGACAGAGGCCGCUCCCAGGGAGCCCGGGCUGGUUUUGCACCCAGGGGCAGUGCUGGGACCUUCACCUUCCUCCGUGGUCAAGAUGGAAGCCAACCAGAAGGCCAAGAAGAAAAAGGAGAGGCAGGGCUUGCUAGGGGCCUGCCGCCUGUCCAGCCCCGAAGGCGAGGUUAAGAUCAAGAGACGGACGGUGAAGACCAAGGUGGGCCCCAAGCUGGAGCGGGCGCCGGGGCGGAGGCCCCCAGGUGCACCGGGCAAGAAGAAAGCCAAGGGCAAGGCAAAAACCGGCCUCCGUGCGGAGCCUGGGAACGCCACAAGCAGGGAUUCCCUUUUUAACCCCACCCGGACCUUUGCCUGCCGAGAGGAGGGCAGCAAACUUGCCAGUGAGCGCCUCAAGAGAGCCACGCGCAAGAGCGCCAUGUUGCAGCCAGUCCUGAGGCGGAAGAACGGGGCCUUAUCCAUCGCCCUGUCAGCCCGCAAUGCCAAGGCCAUUCUGGGAAAGAGCAGGAAGCUGACGAAGGUGAACAGAGAGGCUGUCAGCAAGCAGGGCCAGGGCCGAGCGGUGAGCCGGCUGCUGGAGAGCUUUGCUGUGGAAGAUGACUUUGAGUUUGACGACGACGACGACAGCAGCUUCUCAGAUGAGGAAGAGGAAGAGGAGGAAGCCGGUGUCCAGCUCAGCGAAGAGCAGAGUGCUGCCCUGGCGCGAUCCUGCACCAUCCACAAGGAAGACCUACAGGAUGGACUGCCUGUGUUGAUUCCAAAGGAGGACAGUCUGCUGUAUGCAGGCAGUGUCAGGACUCUGCAACCCCCCGAUAUCUACAGCAUCGUCAUUGAGGGAGAGAGAGGCAACCGGCAGCGUAUCUACUCACUGGAGCAGCUGCUGCAGGAGGCGGUUCUUGAUGUCCGGCCACAGUCCAGUCGGUACCUCCCACCUGGCACCCGGGUCUGUGCCUACUGGAGUCAGAAGUCUCGGUGCCUAUACCCAGGCAAUGUGGUUCGAGGUGCUUCUAGCGAUGAAGAAGACCUGGACUCUGUGGUGGUGGAGUUCGAUGACGGAGACACGGGCCACAUAGCUGUCUCUAACAUCAGGCUGCUGCCUCCGGACUUCAAGAUCCAGUGUACAGAGCCCUCGCCAGCCCUGUUGGUGUCCAGCAGCUGCCGGAGGACCAAAAAAGCAGCCAGUGAGAGCCACCCACCCAGCGAAGCCCCUACUCCCAGCCUGUCCCCUAAAGUGCAGGAUGGCCCUGAAACUUCUAAGACCCCUGGGAAGAAAUCUGGCUGCAAAGACAAAGCCGGCAAAGUCGACCUCCUAACCUCAGGUGCCAAGUCCCCCACGGGGGCCUCAGACCACUUCCUAGGCCGCAGAGGCAGCCCCCUGCUGAGCUGGUCAGCAGUGGCUCAGACCAAGCGGAAAGCCGUGGCUGCGGCAGCAGCAGGUGGCAAAGGGCCAGGGGUACUGCAGAACCUCUUCCAGCUCAACGGAAGCACCAAGAAGCUGCGGGCCCGGGACACCCUGUUUCCCAUGCAUAGCAUGGCUGCCCCUGUGUUUGGGAACAGCUUCCGAGCUGACUCCUUCAGCAGCCUGGCCAGUUCCUACACACCCUUCCUUGGAGGGGCUGGGGCAGGCCUUCCCGGAGGAGCCCACAAGCUGCUUCGGGCCAAGAAGGCUGAGCGGGCUGAAGUAGAAAAGGCCGGGAGGCGGCGGGCAGGCAGCGAGUUUCUGGUUAAGCUGGACCAUGAGGGUGUGACCUCUCCCAAGAACAAAAACUGCAAGGCCCUGCUCAUGAGCGACAAGGACUUUGGACCCAAGCUGGGGCGACCUCUGGCCAGCCCCAGUUACACACACCCAGCCCUCAUUGGCAAGGACAAGAAGGGGCGGGCACCUGUGCAUCCGCUACAUAUGGGACUGGCUCUGCGAAAGUACCCACUGCCCUGUGAUAGUGACUGUCCCAGCUCCUACUCCGAUGAGGAUGAGGAUGGGCCGGGGCUAGCCACCGGUGUUCCCUCCCGAUUCCUCACCCGCCUAUCCAUGUCGUCGUCGUCCUCCGGCUCGUCCACGUCCUCUUCCUCAGGCUCCGUGUCCACUUCCAGCCUCUGUUCCUCAGACAAUGAGGACUCAUCUUACAGCUCAGAUGACGAGGACCCCACCUUGCUGCUGCAGACCUGUCUCACCCGUCCCGUACCCGCUCUCCUGGCCCCACCCGAAGCCCUGCGCUCUAAGGGUAGCAGCCCCCACGCCCACGCCCACGCCCAGCGCUGCUUCCUGUCCAGGGCUGGGGUGACUGGUGCAGGUGCAGGUGCCGGCCCCGGUGUUAGCAAAUCCAAGUUCAAGCGUAAGGAGGCCCUGAGCUUCUCCAAAGCCAAAGAGCUUUCUCGGAGGCAACGGCUGCCCUCCGUAGAAAACCGGCCAAAGAUCUCAGCCUUCCUGCCCGCCCGGCAGCUCUGGAAGUGGUCGGGAAACCCCACACAGAGACGAGGCAUGAAGGGGAAAGCCAGGAAGCUGUUCUACAAGGCCAUCGUCCGAGGCAAGGAGACGCUGCGCAUUGGGGACUGCGCAGUCUUCCUUUCGGCCGGACGGCCCAACCUGCCCUACAUCGGCCGCAUCGAGAGCUUGUGGGAGUCAUGGGGCAGCAACAUGGUGGUGAAGGUCAAAUGGUUCUACCACCCUGAGGAGACCAAGCUGGGGAAACGGCAGAGUGACGGGAAGAAUGCACUAUACCAGUCCUGUCACGAAGAUGAGAAUGAUGUGCAGACCAUCUCGCACAAGUGCCAAGUGGUGGGCCGGGAGCAGUAUGAACAGAUGAUGCGGGGCCGCAAGUACCAGGACCAGCAGGACCUCUACUACUUGGCAGGCACCUAUGAUCCUACUACUGGGCGCCUGGUGACAGCCGACGGCGUGCCCGUCCUGUGCUGAGCUGCCUCUGCCUUGCCCACCCUCGUCCAUGGCUACAGCCAAGAGGUCAGCCAGCCAGGAGCUGGUCUGAGCAAAUAUGCAACCCCCCACAUCCCCCAAGGCGGGAUCAGGCUUCUCCUUGAAGUUCUCUGGCGAGAGCUCCUAGGAUGGACCCCCGAGUCCCAUCCUAGCUGCUCCAGGGGGAGAGCCAGGCCCGUCCCACGGGACAGGCUGCUCUGCCACUGUACCGCAGUUCUCGAGAGAUUAGAAUCCAAGCCAUAUUUCCCUAGUACCUCCGACUGUCUCCCACCAGGGAAAGCAGAAAUCAGGUGUGUUGUCUAAUUUAUUUCUCUAUGUAAAUAUUGUAUUUCUGUGGGGAAGUUUAUGGGGGAAAAAGUGGAAAAGGAUUUUCCCCAUCUUUGCAACAAGGGUGGAUGCGUGACAAGGGUGUGCGUCUGUGCGUGCGUCUGCGUGAGUGCGUGUGUGAGUGCGUAGGGGUUUUGUCCUGGGGUUUUCUUUGGAAAUGCACUGUUCUCAGCCUAGUUGAAUUCCAACAGGGGCAUCUGUGACUGCAAAGGCUGCUGGAAUGGGGGCGAGGCCAAAGGCCAUGGGAUGGUCACAUGAGACCCAGUCAUACCCUCCAGUCUUUUGGGGGCCAACUGUGUGAAGGAAAUUACACUCCGGUUUAUUUCCUUUCAAUACGUCCCAUCCAUGAAAGUAUUGGGGUGGGGGCAGUGAUGGCGGUCCCCUUGGAAGGACAGGGGUUCCAACCACAAGAUGAAAACCAGGAUCAGCCUGCAGGCCGACACCGGCCUGCCCCACUCUGCAGCCCAGGAGUGUGGCGGCGGCCACGUAUCUCUUACCUCCGUUUAAAACAAAACAAGUGAACAAAUAUUUUGAAGUAUCAAUAAGAGAAAUGGAUGUUUUAGACUUUUUCGUUCCUGAGUAUUCCAAGUCGUUUCUGGUUUCCGUCCCCAUGGCCAGUUUGAUGCAGGGAGAGAAGCCUGGUCUCACUCAAGCAGGGUGUAGCCAGCCCCCAGCCCCCCUCCGUCCCCACCAGCUCUCAGCCCCUUCCUUAUUUUCCCCCCAAGAGCUGCAGGGCUUCCACAAUGGUGCAGCUAGUCCAGGUCCCUGCCUGGGCCAGAAUUUGGGGCCCGCCUGGGGCUGGUCCACAGUUCUGCAUGAGUAACUUCUCACCACUACAACGCACCCCCCCUUUCCCCACCAGACACUUUCCCUGGGGCCCCACCACCUCUGGAUAACAUCGAGUGUGGUUAGUGAUGAGACUGAACCAGAGGUUCUGGAGUCAGAACAGUAGAAAGGCAGGUGCUGCUCACCCAAGGGGGAAAGGCCCAUCUGGUUCCCUUUUCUCAACCCAGACCCUGAUCCUGGGGCCCCUCUGCCCACCCCACACCCAGACAGUUUCUGGACCUUUUUUAUAGCCACUCAGCAGGGCAGACGGCAUGGCAGGUUCAUGCACGGAGUAUACAACAAGGGUCCCUUCUGGCCUCUUGUACACACAUCCUGGCCCCAAGCACCAGGAGAGCCCAGCGCUCCUCACUUCUCCCAUGAGGGAAAGAGCAGGCUAGACCCAUGGACCAAAAGCCUUUGUCCUCAAAAUCAAAAACGCCUUGUGGCACACAUGGUCCCCAUUGUCCCACUGGGCCAAGGCUUCCCAGGAAGUAAGGAGUGUUGAUGGGUGCCCAGCCAUAACUGGGAACCCUCAGCCUCUCUUCUUUUGCUCAGGCCCACCAGGAGUCUGUCCCGAACCCAGGGGCUCUAUCUUUCUCACUAGUUGCUCAGAGGGUCACUCUUGGUGACCCACAGGAUAACCAAGGGUGCCCGUUCCUGGCUGUCCCGCCACCCUGAGGGUUUCUGUUCUCCACAUGAGUGCAAUAUUUCAUUCCUGGUGGUCGUUGGAAGAGAUGACCACCACGGUCCUGCUCACAGCUAGGGAACCAAUCAGGAAGGCGGUGACUUAAGAAUCCAGAGCCAGGGCUGGCACUAGAAAGGCUGCUCGGAUCCCCAGUACCAGGAGCCCCGGAGCAAGUAGAAAUGCUCUUUGUUCUGUGUGCCGCCUUCUCCGUGUCCCCUCUGCUGAGCUGUCCUCUGUGUCUGUCUUCAUCUUUAGCCCACCCCCACCCUGUUCCUUCCUUUCUGUGUGUACAUUCGAAUAGCGUGACCCUUCCUCCCCAACUGUGGCUAACGUGGUAAAAAAAAAAAAAAAAAAAAAAAAAAAGCACGAUUCUUGUAAAUGUGUAAACUAAGAGGCUGGUUGGAUUUUUUUUUUUCCAAUGUAAACACUAAAUACAAAACAAGACAAAAAAAAAAAAAACAAAGGUUUUAUGAACAGCAAACUCUAUGUAAAGGCAUUUUACUAUUAAAUUUUUUAUUGAUAACUUGCUUAAGAAUAAAUAUAUGACUAUUGUACAGGU